AUGGAUCUGGAUGAUCUAGAAACAGAUUUCAUGAACGUCCAACAAAGUCACAAGGAUCACAUGAGAGAAAUGGAAGUCAAACAGGAAAAAUUGAAGUACAUGAUAGUGAAACAAAAGUACUUCAAGGAAAAAUAUCCGAAUUUUCUGACUUGGCAGGAUAAAGAGCAAAUCAGGUAUUUGCAUCACAAAGAUCCCCAAGAUUGGACAGUAGACAAACUUGCUGAGAGUUUUCCAGCAUUACCAAACAUAAUUAUGAAAAUUUUAAGAUCAAAUUUCUCAAAAUCUGAUUCAAAAAUAGUCAAUCAUGAUGCAAAUGUUCAAAAAAACUGGAAGAGUUUUGAGAAAGGUGAAAUGACUGAUUUACCUGAGGAUCUAGUUGAGCAUUUGAACAAAUUCACCAAAAGAAUAUCAAGGAAUAAUCUAGUACAGUACUCAUCACCAGUGAAUAACAAAAAAGAAAUUAUAGUUCAGCCUGAUGCACCAAGGGAAUUCUCAGAAAUAAUAAGUAGUUAUGAGAGAUUGAAAAACAAAAAUAGAGUACAAGAAGAAGUUAAAGAAGUACAGACAGUUUCGAAUUAUCCAAGUUUGCCAGCAAAUCCAGAAAAUUCAGACACUUACCUAAUGAUUGACAAAAAAAAUAUGAAGCAAAGAAAGCACAUGACUUUAACACAGCUGCAGAAUAAAAUUCAGACCAAAGCCUUGGAUGGUAACAUACUUUCAGAGGAUGAAAAAAUGAUCCUCAAGGAAAUCAACCCACCCACAGAAACUGAAAAUAUUAGUUUAGCACAAGUGAAUGAAGAGGAUACAACCAUUAUUAUGAAUAAAUUCAAUUCUACUGGAGGCAGUCUUGUUAAAAAAUCUGAAAGAGACUACAAUCAUCUCAUUUAUCCAGAAAAAAUAAGGAUACCCAAGGAUAAGGUGAGAAAAGGUUACACUUAUAGGUUGAAUGACUGUUUUUAUGACUGUGAUGGGGAAUUUUUGUAUAGAGUUCCAGGAAUGGGCUGA